CCUUAAUGUAUUCACUUGUCAUUAUAGAGUGAAAAUUCUUCUCGUGGCAAUUGUGUUUGCAGCUUAUGCAGCCUUACACCCCACAAUUGACAUUUUACUUACAUGUUUCUCACUCUUCGAUGAUCUCAACUUGACAACUUCCAAAUAUAUUAGAUUGUUAGAUUCGUUAUUGUCAAAUAAGUUCGUAUUCAAAUCAAAUCGAUUAGAUUGUUAGGAUUGUUUGUCCAUGUGGAGAGCUAACUAGCUCAUUGCUUGUUUCAUUCUUGGGUUCAUGAUUUUUGUUUGUCGGUUGAUGAUGUUGUUGUGGUUGUGGAUUGGCAUUUAAGAAGAGAUCUGCUUAUCUCCAACAUCCAACUAGCUAUUGUCAUUGUUAUUCAUUUACUUCCACACCGUUGUCUUUUGCUUUAAUUUCAGACAUAAAUAAUUUGGCACCUAAAUUUACAAAGGGAAGGGGACUGUUGUCAUUAACUUUGUAUCAUUCGUUCGCUUGCUUUCCGUUGGCUUUAUAGCUUUAGGUAAGUUUGUAAACGACAGAAAACAAAACACAACAGUUCUAUUUUAUGUUUAGGUCUGGUGAGAAUGUGGUAUCUAUCAGACUGAAUUUUGGUGAGUGUAUUAUAGUGAAAUAUGUUAGCAAACAUUGUUACGAUUCACGGUCGAAUCUCUUCUAAUAAUUCGAGUCAUUAAAAUUAAUUGGUUAUUGACAAGUAUCCAUAAGGAUUGAAGUAACCUCCAUAUGCACCAAGAUGCCAUCACUUGAUCUCCCUUCAACCGUAUGUAUUCUUAACAUUAUUGCUACACUAAUCUGAAUUGAAUCGCAACUUUCAUCAUUCUAUAUAGUUACUUCAUAUUAUAUUUAAUUAAUUGAAAUUUAUUGCUCACAUGUAUAAUUUUAACCAAAAUUUAUAAAGUGAAAGCUACCAACUCACGAACUUUACAAGGAAAUGAUUGGUUUGAAGGACAAAGGGAAAAGAAAAGAAAUAUGUGGGUUAUACACAUAUUCAUUAGAUGGGGAAUUUCUUAGCUCAUAUAUUUUUAGCAUACAGUUAGAUUCCAAUGAUGGUGACCAGAGGCAGAGCCCCCCUUAGCUCUCCAAUGAUUUGUGCAGCAAUUUUUACUAUCACUAAAAUCAUCUUUAAGCUUGGCAUAUGACGAUUACCACAUUGGGAAAUUCCCUUGAUUUUUAAGAUUGGCCAAACUUGUGAUUUUGGGAGACAAUUUUCCAUUUAGGCUGAAACCCAUAAGAUACAAUCUAUUGCAAGGCUUGUUUUACACCCCCCACAUUGGGAAAUUCCCUUGAUAUUUGCUCAUAUCAAUCUUCCCUCUAUAUGGUUCCUUUUUCCUCUAGAGGAUCUCCAUACAUAAGUUGAUAUGGCCUAGUCCAUGAAUCAAUAAUAUUUAAGGUCAUGUUGUAGUUUGUAAAUAACCUUCCCUUAAAUUUUGGUUAGUUACAAAUUUAUUACUUAUUAGAACUUAAUCUCGACUGUAUAAAUAUGAAGUAGUUGAGUUCUACCGCUAGGAUUUUUCUUGUUAGCUUCUUAAAACCUAAUAGGGUCUAAUAGGGUCCGGAUAAAGUGUUGUUAUACUAACAACAAGGGCAUAAUAGUAAAAUGAUGAUAAAAAUAAUAAAACAAACAAUUAAAAGAUUUAUCAUCAUCCUCUCUCCCGUUCCAAUCCCCAUCGCAGGCAUCUCAGUUCCUCCUCUCCCCCCAAAUGCCCGCGGCGGAGGCGGAGGAGACGUCACUCUCAUCAGAGGCAGCGGGAGCGCCUCCACCGCCGCCGCUCCGUCGCCGUUCAGAAAGGAUUCCACGGAUCUGGUGCGGAGGAUCACACUGAUCGCGUACUUCCUCGAGGAGAUUGCGAAUUUUGACGACGGAUCUGGUGUCGGCAGGAACUUUGACACCGCCACCAUGUAUCUCGCUCUACGCAGGCUAGCUUUCCUGCCGGCGGCAAUUAAUUCCUAUCGCGCGCACCACCGGCCCGACAACCCACCACCAACCCUUUCCCCCACCCUCAGCGUUCUCACGCAAUUCAGGGGAAGCAGCCACAGCGUCGGCGGAAUUAGGGUUCGUCAUCCACUCAAUUCCAGCUUCGGUCUCCAUCUGUGUCUCGACGAAUCAAUCCCAUUCGAUCCAAAUUACUCCAAGCAGAAUCGCUGCCGGAACACAUUGAAAAGAAUAACGUACCUCCAUCAUGUGGCCUCCCCUGAUUGCGUGGCUGCCCACCAUGAUAGGAAGGAAGGUCGAUGAAGUUGUGUCUUGCUUCUUCAUGAUCCCUCUGGCGGUGAUGGAGAUGAUGUUAUUGCCGGCGAUUUUGAUGAGGCAGAUGUUGGUGUCCUCUGCUUCAUUACCAUCUUUUCUUUCAUGCUUUAAUUUCCAAAUUGGGGAUGAAGGUCACACGAAGCUUUACACUGUAAUAGCGGCCUAGAAACUCUAUCUUUGUUUACUUCUCGAGAUUAAAUUGUACUCAUUGACAGCUGAAGGAGCUUGGUCUUUCAAUGGCUAAAAUAGAUAACUCAAGAAGCCAUGGCACGUUGACAGAGAGUGCCCCGGAUAAUAUGGCAGUGAUAACUUUGCCUAAUUGCAAUUAUUAGUAACGUGGGGAUUAACUGAGGGUGGGGAUUAAGAAACUAUUCAUGUAUUUUAGUGUUUUUCGUGCCAAUUAUUGUGUUUAUGCUGUGUAUUUGGGAUUUAUCGGUAUAUAGAAUACAAGUAUCGAAUAAUCAUAUCAGAAACCUUCUGAUGUAGACCACAAACACGGUAAAACAAUCCACAAAAAGCGUACCACAAACCUCCCAAUCCAUACUACAAAUCCCCUAAAACAAACCAAAAACCCCACAAAAUAUACCAUAAAUAUUCCGAAACCACACCAGAAACCUCAUAAUACAAACUACAAACACGAUAAAGCAAACCACAAACCUCCUAAUGCAGACCACAAAUAUAUUAAAACAAACCAGAAACCCCACAAAUCAAACCAUAAAAUUUUCGAAAGCACACCAUAAACUUCUUAAUGCAAACCAGAAACACAAUAAAGCAAACCAGAAACCUACGAAUGCAUACCACAAACCUCCUAAAACAAACCACAAACCUCACAAAGCAAACCACAAUAUUUGCGAAGCACACCAGAAACCUCCUAAUGCAAACCACAAACACAGUAAAUCAAACCACAAAAAACAAACCAUAAACGUCCUAAUGCAAACCACAAAUAUAUUAAAACAAACCAGAAACCUCACAAUGCAAACCACAAAGUUUUUGAAAGCAAACCAGAAACUUCUCAAUGCAAACCACAAACACGAUAAAGCAAACCAUAAACUUCUCAAUGCAAACCACAAACACGAUAAAGCAAACCACAAAAGGCAUACGAAAAUAUGAGAAACCAAACCAUAAAUCUCACAAUGUAGACCAUACAUCCGGUGGUCGUUGACCGUUGACCGAAAUCCGGUGACCGUCAGUCAGCAGAUUCCGGCCCCGAUGACUAGAUUCCGACGCCGGUAAGCAUAUUCCGACCGCUGUGAGCAUAUUCCGGCGACGAUGGCAUAUUCCGAUGACAAAAUAGCAUAUUCCGGUGACCGUCGACCAGUUUCCGGCGACCGAUAGCAGAAUUCCGACGACCAAAUUUUUUGGCAUAAAAUAAAAAAAUAUUUUUUUUAUUUUUUUUAUUAUUUAAACAUAUUUUUCAUAAUGACAAUUAUACCCCUGUUUUGAUUUUACACUAGGUCAACUCAACUAAUAAAAAGUCAUCACAUCCUUAGCUUCCUAUUGGUUGGAGGCUAGUGUUGUUACAAUAACAACACAAGGAGUGUUGUUAUAGUAUCUAGUCCCAACCUAAUAAUAUUGACUUUGAGAGUGCUCCUCUCUGAGGACUAAUCUUAUCGAUUCUCGCUAAAGAGACCUCGUAAAUCUUGUGUGUUGUGUUUGUGCUUUGUUCGACAGCUCAACUAGUAGGGUAUAUGGGUUGACAGGGUUGACAAAGUGUAUUCUAGUGUUCGAUUCGCACAACCUAUAAUUGUGAGAUAAAUUCAUUAAUUGUUACUGAUAAUGUUAUAAAUCUGAACCACCUAUACGGCUAUACGCACCGAAUUGUCAAUCUUAAGAUAACACAUUGUGAGAUGGAUUGUUUAGUCACAACAUUCAAUAACCAGGAAUGAAUAUCAUAGUAAAUAAUGGCCAAUGCU